GCUUAACCUUUAGAACGUGAGCUCACAUAAUUUAUGUUGAUGGAAACGUGCAUGUGGAUACGUACAUUUUCGCCAAUUAAAAAUAUUUGAUUUAGAUUUUAAAUUUUAAAAGAUUAGUCGCGUUUGAACCAAUAAAUAAUAGCGGGCCCAACUCCUUGACGCUCCAACCGCGUGGAGAAAAAAAAAAAAAAAAAAGAAAUCAACCAAAUUUGAUUUGCAACUCAGCUUGUGUCAACGCAACGCCCCUCGAUUCAUCUGCCGCCGGCUUCUCAGCCUAAAUCCCUCUUCAACUUCUCAACUCAACUUCACAUUUUUUCUUCUCAUUACUUAGAUUUAUCUCUUGCAACCAUGUCGAUAAAAACUGUCAAGGUCAGUAAUCUGUCUCUGGGAGCAUCAGAGCGUGACGUCCACGAGUUCUUUUCUUUUUCUGGUGAUAUUGAAUAUGUCGAGAUGCGAAGUGAUACUGUGCGAUCUCAAAUUGCAUUUGUUACCUUCAAGGACGUGCAGGGAGCGGAGACUGCAAUCCUUCUUUCGGGAGCAACAAUUAUAGACAUGACUGUGGAAAUUAAUCCAGAUCCAGAUUACAAGCUACCUCCUGCUGCUUGUGCACCACCUCUGCAAUCAGACAAAAGGACUGGAGGGGGUGCUGAAUCCGCGUUGCAAAAGGCAGAGGACGUUGUGAGCAGCAUGCUUGCAAAGGGUUUCAUCUUAGGUAAAGAUGCUGUUAAUAAAGCAAAAUCUUUUGAUGAGAAGCACCAAUUGACCUCCACAGCAAGUGCCAAAGUUUCGUCAAUUGACAAAAAGAUUGGACUGACUGAGAAGAUAACGAUUGGAACUUCCAUUGUGAAUGAUAAAGUGCGGGAAGUGGAUGAGAAACUCCACGUUUCUGAGAAAGCAAAAUCAGCAUUUGCUGCUGCUGAGCAAACGGUCAGUAAUGCUGGAUCUGCUAUUAUGAAGAACAGAUAUGUUCUUACGGGCACUACAUGGGUGACCGGGGCUUUUAGCAAAGUCACCAAGGCGGCUGGUGAAGUCGGCCAAAAGACGAAGGAGAAAGUUGUGAUUGUUGAAGACGAGCAGAGAAGGAAAAUGGUGGAUGAUUUUGCUCAGGUUCAUUUAUCAGAGUCUCCUAAAGCAUCUGAUUCAGCAGGGCUGCAUCCUUCAAAGCCUGCUCCAGUACAAGGUUUGAUUCUCUGAUUAUGGUCUCGUCCGCAACCCUCUUUGGUCCAUGUGGUUUCUGAUUUUGAGAAUAGGUGGAAAUGGUGAUCUUUAUUCUUGAAGGACUUGACUUCAUUUGUAUUUUAAAAGGACUUUCCUCAGUGGCUUGUUUGUUGCUCUACAUAUAUAUGUACAUCAAGUUAAAACUGAAAAACAUUAAUAGUUGGUUGAUGGGGAUUAAUUGUUGAUUCUUGAA